AUGGAUGAAAUGAGAUUUCGACUACGACAGGCUAUUUAUACCAUAGCGCUGAAGAAGAAUUCUCGGUCUUUCCAUUCUGCCUCUGAGACACUCAACGACUAUGAGGAAUGGUUGGUAGAUCAAUUUAUUGCUCAAAUAACAAGAUCUGUAGGAAAUGGCUCAACAAUGACUUCUCGUGAUCACCGCGAGGAGUCUUCAACAUCGCCUCGGGCGGUUUCACACAAAUUUCCAGUAUCAAGCGACAACGGACUGGAUCCUCACAGAAUGACCAUCGCUCUAGAAUCCUUUACCACCGAGCCACUCAACGACAACCACAGAAAACUGAUCACCAUCGAUGAUCUGAGAAUGAUGGAUUUGCCCGCAGCAAGCAGUGAGAGUCGAGCGGUCCCGCUUUUAUUUCGGCUUCCUCUAUGGCAACUGAUCCUUAUGACAGCUUCAUCAAUUUUAUUUCUUUUUCUUAUUUCAACAAUUCUCAUCGUGUGCUUGCAUGAACGGAAGAAAAAAGCAGUAUUCGUAAGAAAACCGGCAUUUUCUCUAGCCCUUCAAGAUAACCAUCAUGUUCCUAAUGCCAACAACGCAUCAGGUUCAUUCCGAGAUCGUUUUAAUCAGCUGCGUGGUAAGGAGAGAACGGUUCAAGAGCGGGACAAUGGCGAGAUCUGGGUACAACCUUCGACUACGUUUAAUUCCGUUGCUGCUCUGCCGAGAGUAUAA